AUGUGGUAUAUAUAUUGUUGCUUACCGGUUAUUGCUGUCAUAGGCGUUAUUGGCGUUAUAGUCGUUAUUGGCGUUAUAGUCGUUAUUGGCGUUAUAGACGUUAUUGACGUUAUUGGCGUUAUAGUCGUUAUUGGCGUUAUAGACGUUAUAGUCGUUAUUGGCGUUAUAGACGUUAUUGACGUUAUUGGAGUUAUUGACGUUAUAGUCGUUAUUGACGUUAUAGUCGUUAUUGGCGUUAUAGGCGCUAUAGACGUUAUUGGCGUUAUAGUCGUUAUUGGCGUUAUAGACGUUAUAGUCGUUAUUGGCGUUAUAGACGUUAUUGACGUUAUUGGAGUUAUUGACGUUAUAGUCGUUAUUGACGUUAUAGUCGUUAUUGGCGUUAUAGGCGCUAUAGACGUUAUUGGCGUUAUAGUCGUUAUUGGCGUUAUAGACGUUAUAGUCGUUAUUGGCGUUAUAGACGUUAUUGACGUUAUUGGAGUUAUUGACGUUAUAGUCGUUAUUGACGUUAUAGUCGUUAUUGGCGUUAUAGGCGCUAUAGACGUUAUUGGCGUUAUAGUCGUUAUUGGCGUUAUAGACGUUAUAGUCGUUAUUGGCGUUAUAGACGUUAUUGACGUUAUUGGAGUUAUUGACGUUAUAGUCGUUAUUGACGUUAUAGUCGUUAUUGGCGUUAUAGGCGCUAUAGACGUUAUUGGCGUUAUAGUCGUUAUUGGCGUUAUAGACGUUAUAGUCGUUAUUGGCGUUAUAGACGUUAUUGACGUUAUUGGAGUUAUUGACGUUAUAGUCGUUAUUGACGUUAUAGUCGUUAUUGGCGUUAUAGGCGCUAUAGACGUUAUUGGCGUUAUAGUCGUUAUUGGCGUUAUAGACGUUAUAGUCGUUAUUGGCGUUAUAGACGUUAUUGACGUUAUUGGAGUUAUUGACGUUAUAGUCGUUAUUGACGUUAUAGUCGUUAUUGGCGUUAUAGGCGCUAUAGACGUUAUUGGCGUUAUAGUCGUUAUUGGCGUUAUAUGCGCUAUAGACGUUAUUGGCGUUAUAGUCGUUAUUGGCGUUAUAUACGUUAUUGACGUUAUAGACGUUAUUGGCGUUAUAUUCGUUAUUGCCGUUAUAGUCGUGAUUGGCGUUAUAGACGUUAUUGGCGUUAUUGGAGUUAUUGGCGUUAUAGUCGUUAUAGACGUUAUAGUCGUUAUUGGCGUUAUAUACGUUAUUGACGUUAUAGACGUUAUUGGCGUUAUAGACGUUAUAGACGUUAUUGGCGUUAUAGUCGUUAUUGGCGUUAUAGUCGUUAUUGGCGUUAUAGUCGUUAUUGACGUUAUAGUCGUUAUUGGCGUUAUAGACGUUAUUUGAGUUAUUGGCGUUAUUGGAGUUAUUGGCGUUAUAGGCGUUAUAGACGUUAUAGGCGUUAUAGACGUUAUUGGCGUUAUAGACGUUAUUGGCGUUAUAGACGUUAUUGGCGUUAUAGUCGUUAUUGGCGUUAUAGUCGUUAUAGACGUUAUUGGCGUUAUUGGCGUUAUAGUCGUUAUUGGCGUUAUAUACGUUAUUGACGUUAUUGACGUUAUUGGUGUUAUAGACGUUAUAGACAUUAUUGACGUUAUUGGCGUUAUAGUCGUUAUUGGCGUUAUAGUCGUUAUUGGCGUUAUAGUCGUUAUUGGCGUUAUAGACGUUAUUGGCGUUAUAGACGUUAUUGGCGUUAUAGACGUUAUUGGCGUUAUAGGUGUUAUUGGCGUUAUUGGCGUUAUUGGCGUUAUAGUCGUUUUUGGCGUUAUAUACGUUAUUGACGUUACAGACGUUAUUGGCGUUAUAGUCGUUAUUGGCGUUAUAGACGUUAUGGCGUUAUCGACGUUAUUGGCGUUAUUGGCGUUAUAGUCGUUAUUGGCGUUAUAGACGUGAUUGGCGUUAUUGGCGUUAUUGGAGUUAUUGGCGUUGUUGGCGUUAUUGUCGUUAUUGGCGUUAUAUACGUUAUUGACGUUAUAGACGUUAUUGGCGUUAUAGUCGUUAUUGGCGUUAUAGACGUUAUUGGCGUUAUUGGAGUUAUUGGCGUUAUAGUCGUUAUAGACGUUAUUGACGUUAUUGGCGAUAUAGUCGUUAUUGGCGUUAUAUACGUUAUUGACGUUAUAGACGUUAUGGAUGUUAUAUACGUUAUUGGCGUUAUAGUCGUUAUUGGCGUUAUAGACGUUAUUGGCGUUAUAGACGUUAUUGGCGUUAUUGAAGUUAUUGGCGUUAUAGUCGUUAUUGGCGUUAUAUACGUUAUUGGCGUUAUAGUCGUUAUUGGCGUUGUAGACGUUAUAGUCGUUAUUGGCGUUAUAGUUGUUAUUCGCGUUAUAGAUGUUAUUGGCGUUAUAGUCGUUAUUAGCGUUAUAGACGUUAUUGGCGUUAUAGUCGUUAUUGGAGUUAUAGUCGUUAUUGGCGUUAUUGACGUUAUUGGCGUUAUAGUCGUUAUUGGCGUUAUAGACGUUAUUGCCGUUAUAGUUGUUAUUGGCGUUAUAGUCGUUAUUGGCGUUAUAAAAAAUAUAAAAAUAAGAAAUGAAUUUAUCCAAAAG